AUGGCAAAGUUCUCAAGAAAGAGAAGACGUCCACACGUUAUCUCGUCCGAAAAGAACUCCGCUCACAAUGCAUUUGGCAAGGUAAAUGAGAAAUAAUUGAAAACAUAUGUUAUAGUAUAUAAUUAUAGUUUAAAUAAUUUGGAAACAGGGAUUCUGUGAAAGUAACUCAACAAGAGGGAAAUUGACUCUUUCACCGAGACCCGAAUAUGCAUCUUGUUUACCCCCACCCCCCAGCCCCCAGAAUAUAUAAACCUUAUUAGCUAGUAUGUUUUUUCUCCGGGGAAUUUGCCUUGUGUCUUUUCAUUAAUUAUGCAUGCAUAUGCACUUGAAUGCACGUGCAUAAGACGACAUUUGAAAGAACAGUUCUCUGGGGUACCAUCACGUGAUCUGAAAGGGAAAACAAAACAUACAAACUUAAAAGGUCGAUUGGAAAAAUGGUUCUGUAAAACAUUGUUGGGUAAACAAGGUGAAUGAUGGUCUUGCUGAAAAUGGUGAAUAGUAAAAUGAAUGUUUAGAACCUUUUAACCAGGUGAUAAAUUGAAAGAGAAAUGCUAUCUCAAACUGGCAAGCCAGUUUGUAACAGGUUUACAGACCCUCCUUUUUCUCUUUAGAGGUCAUCAAGAACUCGUACAUGAAAAUAACAACCGUAAGGGUUUUAUUGAUCAUAAGCGUGAUGUCGAAUUUUCCAAAAAAAAAAAGAGGAAAAAACCUCAGUGGACAGUGUACUUUAGAUUCCCUCUGAAGACAAACGAGCGCCCGUUUUUAGUUACUUGACACUGUCAGAGUGAGUCUUUAAAAUUAGGUGAUCGUGGUGACAUCUAUAUCUAUAUCCCGGCGUUGACGCCAUGUGUGGGUUGAAUUUGAAGUUGGUUCUCUCUCUUGCUCCGAGAGGUUUUUCUCCGGGUACUCCGGUUUUCCCCUCUCCUCAAAAACCAACACUUCCAAAUUCCAAUUCGAUCUGGAACGCACGGACACGUUUAAAUGAGUUCAUAUGCCCUCCUAAGUGCUUCGUGGGCAAACAAGCAAUUUACACUUUUUUUUUUACACCUCUCUUAUACGGACACCCUUUAGUGUCCGUAUUAGAGAGAACCGACUGUACUCGGCGUCUUACAUUUCAAGUAUCCUGUUUAAUUGAUUACUUGGAAUCAUAAACAAUUUUGGAUCUAUUUUUUUGCUUCUCUUUUUGCCUUAGAAACGUAAAUUGGAUCCAUUGAAAAGCUUCAAGUACCACCAACAUCAGCACAAGGGAAAUAAGGUGUAA